AUGCUUUGGCGGUGUGAGAUACAGAGCUGUUUCUUCUUGGCUUUUUUAACUGUCACAGCUUUCUUCAUCAGUGAUGCCAAGGGCCAAGUGUCCCCACCGACAAGGCUAAGAUAUAAUGUAGUCAGUCCUGACAGUGUACAGAUCUCUUGGAAAGCCCCAAAGGGGCAAUUCACUGGAUAUAAGCUUCUUGUCACUCCAAGUUCAGGUGGAAAAACCAAUCAAUUAAUUCUUCAAAACACUGCAACCAAAGCAAUUAUUCAAGGUCUUAUUCCAGAUCAAAACUAUGCCCUUCAGAUCAUUGCAUUCAAUGAAGACAAGGAGAGUAAGCCAGCACAAGGCCAGUUCAGAAUUAAAGAUAUAGAGAGAAGAAAAGAAACGAGUAAAUCCAAGGUGAAGGAUCCAGAAAAAACAAAUGCGAGUAAACCAGCUCCAGAAGGAAACCUGUUUACUUGCAAAACUCCAGCAAUUGCAGAUAUUGUGAUACUGGUAGAUGGUUCUUGGAGUAUUGGCAGAUUCAAUUUUAGGCUUGUUCGACUGUUCCUGGAAAAUCUGGUUUCUGCAUUCAAUGUGGGAUCUGAGAAAACACGAAUAGGUCUUGCUCAGUACAGUGGUGAUCCCCGAAUUGAAUGGCAUUUGAAUGCCUAUGGCACAAAAGAUGCUGUUUUGGAUGCAGUCCGUAAUCUACCGUACAAGGGAGGGAAUACGUUAACAGGUCUGGCCUUAACUUACAUUUUGGAAAACAGCUUUAAGCCUGAAGCAGGUGCAAGACCUGGAGUAUCUAAAAUUGGUAUCCUAAUCACUGAUGGGAAGUCCCAAGAUGACGUUAUCCCUCCUGCUAAAAACCUGCGAGAUGCUGGCAUUGAGCUGUUUGCUAUUGGUGUAAAGAAUGCAGAUAUAAAUGAACUCAAGGAGAUUGCCUCUGAGCCUGACAGCACACACGUCUACAACGUUGCUGACUUUAACUUCAUGAAUACCAUUGUUGAAGGUCUUACCAGAACAGUGUGCUCACGAGUAGAAGAGCAGGAAAAGGAAAUCAAAGGAACAAUUGUUGCUUCACUUGGGGCUCCUUCGGAUUUGGUCACAUCUGAGGUAACUGCCAGAGGAUUCCGAGUUAGCUGGACCCAUGCACCAGGCAAAGUGGAAAAAUACAGGGUGGUGUAUUAUCCCUCUCGAGGAGGACAACCCGAAGAGGUUGUGGUAGAUGGAAGCUUAUCAACAGCAGUUCUCAAAAACCUGAUGUCUUUAACGGAAUACCAGAUAGCUGUAUUUGCUAUAUACUCAAAUGCUGCUAGUGAGGGCCUCCGUGGAACUGAAACUACACUUGCCUUGCCGACGGCUUCGGAUCUGCACUUGUACAAUGUGUCGCAGAGCAGCAUGAGAGCCAAGUGGAGAGGAGUGGAGGGUGCCACGGGCUACAUGGUAUUGUAUGCCCCCCUCACCGAGGGGCUGGCAGCAGAUGAGAAGGAGAUAAAAAUUGGGGAGACCUCAACUGAUCUUGAACUGGAUGGACUAUUGCCAAAUACAGAAUAUACAGUCACAGUUUAUGCCAUGUUUGGAGAAGAAGCUAGUGAUCCCCUUACAGGACAAGAAACUACAUUGCCUCUAAGUCCACCAGCAAACUUGAAAUUUUCUGAUGUUGGGCACAGUAGUGCUAAGCUAACAUGGGAUCCUGCUUCCAAAAAUGUAAAUGGCUAUCGCAUCAUGUACGUUAAAACAGAUGGAACAGAAACCAAUGAGGUGGAAGUUGGUCGUGUUUCAACUCAUACUCUAAAAAGUCUGACAUCCCUUACAGAGUAUACUGUUGCUAUUUUCUCCCUGUAUGAUCAAGGACAAUCAGAACCACUUACUGGUAGCUUUACCACAAAAAGAGUCCCAGUUCCACAGCAUUUGGAAAUUGAUGAAGCAUCAACAGAUAGUUUUAGGGUCAGCUGGAAGCCCACCUCAUCAGAUAUUGCUUAUUACAGAUUGGCAUGGAUUCCUUUGGACGGCGGGGAUUCUGAAGAGGUUGUCCUAAAUGGAGACACAGACAGUCAUGUUAUUGAGGGUUUGUUGCCCAACACAGAAUAUGAAGUUUCUUUGCUGGCAGUUUUUGAUGAUGAAAGUGAAAGUGAAGUUGUUGCUGUUCUUGGAGCUACAUUUACAAGGACUACCACAAUUCCUACCACUGUGACCACUACCAGUACGACAAGUUCUAAGCCCACCACAGCAGUUUUUCGAGCAGGAAUCAGAAACCUUGUUAUAGAUGAUGAAACAACCUCAAGCCUGAGGGUGGUAUGGGACAUUUCAGAUUACAAUGUUCAGCAGUUCAGAGUGACCUAUCUCACUGCGAAAGGAGACCGUGCCGAGGAAGCGGUUAUGGUGCCUGGGAGACAAAACACUCUUCUGCUUCAGCCUCUGCUCUCUGAUACAGAAUACAAAGUCACCAUCACUCCCAUAUAUUCUGAUGGGGAAGGAGUCAGUGUCUCAGCUCCUGGCAAAACUCUACCCCUGUCUGCUCCUAGAAAUCUGCGUGUCUCAGAUGAAUGGUAUAACAGGUUACGGAUCAGUUGGGAUGCACCGCCAUCACCAACAAUGGGUUACAGAAUUGUCUACAAACCUAUCAACAUUCCUGGUCCUGCGUUGGAGACCUUUGUAGGGGAUGAUAUUAAUACCAUUCUUAUUCUAAAUCUCUUCAGUGGAACGGAGUACAGUGUUAAAGUAUUUGCUUCAUACUCAACAGGCUUCAGUGAUGCUCUAACAGGCGUAGCCAAAACCUUGUACCUUGGUGUGACAGAUCUGGAUUCCUACCAAGUCCGCAUGACUAGCCUCUGUGCUCAGUGGCAGCUUCACAGACAUGCUACUGCUUACAGGGUGGUUAUAGAAUCGCUUGUGGAUGGCAAAAAGAGAGAAGUAAAUCUUGGUGGAGGGACACCUAGACAUUGUUUCUUUGAGCUGAUGCCUGGAACUGAAUAUAAAAUCAGUGUUCACACACAGCUUCAGGAGAUCGAGGGCCCUGCCGUAAGCAUCAUGGAGACAACACGUGAGUGACAUGGAUCAGAGCUCAGCCAGCAGC